UUUGGGCCAACGUUAAGGAACCGGCGUUGGCAUUGUUACCCCCGUUGUUAUUCCCGCCGUUGUUGUUAUUAUUCCCGCCGUUGUUAUUGUUGUUUCCGUUAUUGUUGUUGUUGUUGUUGUUGUUGCCGCCACGGUUGCCGCCCUGACCCUGACCGAAGCCGCCACGGUUGCCACCACCGGGGAAAGCACCUGGGAAACCGCCGAACUGUCGCCCAUUAACGCCCUUGGCUGCUCUUCGGUUCAUGAUCUGGUCAUAUGGGCGAUGGAUGGCGGUGGCGUCCGCCACGGCGGCGGCGCCUAAAAGGCCGAGUAGGAAGGUCUUGGUGAGCAUGGUGAAUGCAACGCGAGAUUAACCCUGAGAGAUCGAGCGAGGUGACGACUUUCUUUUCAAUCCGUCUUUCGGGACGGGGCAAGAAGAGGGCAAGAUCCAAAAAUGGUUCCAGACCCUUUGUUAUAUAUACUCCACAGGCAGGGUCGCAGGCUUUUCUCGGACGUGUUGCGCUUGAGUGUGGAUGGAAGCCGUGGCACCCGCAACGAACACUACAUCAUGUUCCCAUGCAGGUUCCAUCGACAGGAGCGGUACCCACAGUCUCAAAACGCGGACGGGGAUGUAGGGAAGAGAUGAUGUCGAAAGUAAUGACAGGACCUGGCAGGGUGUGGUGGCAGGGGUAUCGAGAUGGCCAUGGCGAGGCUCGAGGCCUUGGCCUUGGUGCGCCGGCGGGGGGGGGGGCAGGGGGGGUUUGUGCUCCUGGACCACCGCCAUCUCUAUCGCUCACUCCCACCCUCCUCAUCGUAGUACCAAUGAGAGCGCGAACAUGGGGGCCGAUGAAGCUUAAACGAUCCUUGCUGGCUUCAGAUGUAUGCGCGGGUGUGCACGUAUGUGUACAUAGAAUACAAAGACGGGGCGAGUCCUACAACCACCGGCGUAAAAUGUACGUGUAGUAAUGGUGGCAGAGGGGGGGCAGCACACAUCCCGUAACCCGCCAUGGAGAUCCUUUAUUUCGUCCGCCUCCUUCGCGUGCCUGCUCGGUCGGGUUGAGGCUAAGUAGCCGAUGGGGGGAUCGCAGGUAAGGGUGUGGUCUUGGCGAUUCGAGUUGGUGAGCGACCCAGCACGACCGCAUUGGUAUGGUGUUAUCCGCAUGUAUAUUUUUGUCCGUCGAGGAGCGAGUGUGCAUACGUGGGAUUGUCAUAACGCCGUUCGUGCUC